AUGAAUCGCGCUAACGAGAUCCAGAAGGACCGCCUCGCCGAGCUUGAAGAAAAAGUAAACCUCAUCCUAAAAGGAAGCAUACCAACCCGAGGGAGGGAAUCAGUCCUCGAAGAUGCCAAAGAGCUCACAGACGCGAGAUUCACACAAAGCAGCCAGCCUCGCGAUCGUCGCGACUCGAGCUACAGCGACCCGUCUCCCUCCAAUUUCGCUUUUGAUGAUACCAGUCCCCAGCCUUCCUCCUUGGCCGUUGCCCGAGCGGUCGAUUUGUACAUGAAGUAUUGCCACCGACAGCCCGUCUGGUGCUUUGAUUUUGAACAACAUGGGGAUGUGGAAUCCUUACCGGAAGAGCUCAUCUGCAGUAUCAUUGCGCUGACGGCGCGGUUCUUGCACGAGGGGGAGCACGGGCAGCACCAUGCGGAUACGGCAAAGAGUUUGAUUAUGCUGCGGAUUGCGAACGGGACAGUGGAGUUGAGUACGAUUGAGGCUUUGUGUUUGCUGGCGUAUUCUUCUUUUAUUGAUGGCGAUAUGCGCCUUGGUCGAUUUCACCUCGGACUGGCAUUUCAGCUCUGUCGGUCUGCUCUGCUCGACACAGAGUCCGCAUACACUCCUGGAGACCCUCAUGCGGAGCGUAAGAAGAGGUUAUUUUGGAGUCUACAGCUAUUGGAACAGUCGUAUGGCCGCCAGACCGGACUACUGAGCAUUCCCUUGGAGACCUGGCGUCCGGUGGACUACUUCUUAGGCAACGGCAGAGAGCCGCAAAGAGAUACUGAGAAGCCUCCCCCAUUGCCGCGAGACACGAUCGGCUGCGCUGCGCCGGACGACACUGGCAUCUGGAGCAUGACGAUCCACUUUGGCUGGGUCUGGAGCAAAGUACGCACAUAUGUUUCUGAUUGUGCAAACAAUCGACUACGCGAGCCCUGGCGCCACGAGUCAAUGUAUUCCAUGGUUCUUUCCGACCUGACAGAGAUCGAGAACCAAACACCACUCUGCCAUCGAUACGACCAUGUGCGGUUCUAUGAUCGACAGCCGGACGAAGUGAUCGUCAACCGUGCGUACUGGGUCCCCUGGCUCAAACUACAGUUCAUGUACCAUGCCAUUCUCACGGUCCUCAACCAUCCCUUCCUGUAUAUCAUGGCCUCGCGGCAUAACCCCAACCUGGCCAUCCCGAAUAGUUUCUGGCGCCGCUCGUCGGAGCUGGUGCUUCUGCAUGCGACGUGGAUCGUGCGUAUGAUUGACAUGCUAUCGGACAAGGACGUACGGCUUACCGAUCCCUUCUUUGCGCAUGUGGCUGCGAUCGCUGCGACGGUGCAGCUGUAUUACUGCUGUGCUGGAGACCCACGACUAAAGUACAAGUCCCGUGCGGAUCUAGCCCGCUGCAGGGUGUUUCUGAGGUCGUUUGUACCAUUUUCCCGGGCGUGUGCAUCAUUGAACCGAUCACUCGAUCGCAUGACCCGGAUUGCAGCCGGCACAGAGAACGUAGACUACGACAGCUGGGUGCCGUCCAAGAUCCAUCUGAACAUCCCCUUGAUGUGGGAUAUCCUCCAGUUCACCUGCAGCGACGAUUCAUAUCCCGCCGUCCCGUCCGGAAGCCUCUUGCAUUCCUCCCUCAGUGCUUCUGCAACCAGAAACGAUGCUGAGGAGAGCUCUACACUCGAAAUCAUCGUGACCACGUCACCUGAAGUAACCGUCAACACUGCAGACGGCGGCCAGGGCGUCCCUAUGCCUUUGUAUCGGGCCCCGAAAUCGUCAAAGGACAGCGACACGAGCCCAGCUACCGCUCCACGGUCUAUGCCUCCUUCAGACGCAGUGGUAGCUCCGAUCGACAGCCUCAUGCUCAACACGCCCUGGCUUUGGGCUGAUCCGGCGCCAUUUGGAGACGUGGACGACCUCGACUAUAGCACGUCCGCUCCGGCGGUAGGUGACAUUGAAGGUUCAGCGUGGUGGAAUCUGGGAAAUUUAUAA